AACAAAGCUGCAAGGUGCAGUGGUGGGAGAAACUGGCCGAGAAUAUUUUUAAAACUUACUGUACGUUUUCUGCUACUGGCCUAGGCCUACUGCCAGUCAAUGCCGGUCAAUGCUGCCAGUUCGUGCUUCAGUGGUUAUCUGCGAAGCUUUUUACCAGCAAUUUCACACUGGGGCGACACAUUUGACUUCGAUAAGAAAACCAAAAUGUGACUUAUUUCUCGGAACUUGGACCAUUUUGGACCCCUGUUAAUAAUUAAUUUCGCAUGGUAUUGAAAGUUUUAAAUAUCCAUAUGUUUUGACCAAUGGUUUUGGCUCUUUCUUGUAGAGAUUUCUUUAAAUUGAACUAGUUUUAGCUACCAGUUGAAAACUUGAACUUAAGCAGAUGUAAAGUAGAUGAUGUGACAUUUUGGUGACGUUCGUUCGUGGAUAAAGGGUAAAACAGGAAGCAAUGCAAUUAAUGUGCUGCGUCAGACGGUCAUUAAGUGCUCAACUCAAGAGCAACUUGAAAACUCGACAAUUUUGUUUAAAAACAUGCAAAAAACAACUGGAAGUUGGAGUAUUAUGUGACAUCGAUGGUGUCCUCGUCCGUGGAAGAACCCUUAUUACAGGUGCAAGAGAAUCAGUAAGACUGUUGUAUGACCAUGACAUACCAGUUGUGUUUCUCACAAAUCAAGUGCUCCAACUGGAAAAGGACAAAGCAGAGAAUCUUUCUAGGAUACUGGAUCUUAAGGUACAUCCAGAUCAGGUUGUCAUGUCGCAUUCACCCCUGCGACUUUACAAAGAUUUGUUUGAAAAGUUUGUUCUAGUCUUGGGGCAGCUAGAUGUUCAAGCUGUGGCCAGUUCUAUUGGUUUCAAAAAUAUUUGUGACAUUGAAGAUGUACGCAGGGCAUACCCACUAUUAGAUAUGAUGGAUAAGGAGAAGCGAUAUGAAAACCUUGAUAAAUAUGGAAGAAAAAAUGAUUUUCCAAACAUAGAAGGAAUAGUUUUGCUGGGAGAACCAAUUAAAUGGGAAUGCGUACUACAGUUGUGCAUGGACUUGCUAGUAUCAGAUGGGAACCCUUCAAGACGACUUCCUAUUGGUAAAGUGGAACACAUGCCAGUUGUUGCCUGUAAUCCAGACCUGACGUGGAUGGCAGAAGCACCUUUGCCCAGGUUUGGCCAUGGUGCAUUUCUGCUGUGUUUAGAAUCAUUGUUCAAGAAAAUUACUGGUAAUGAACUAAAAUACACUACAAUAACUGGAAAACCGUUUCUGACAACGUUCAAAUACGCGGAGAGAGUAAUUCGAGAUAUCUUGGCAAAAGCUAACGGCUCUGAAAUGUCAAAAUCUCUUAAGAGAAUUUAUGUCAUCGGAGACAAUCCAGACAGCGACAUCUACGGAAGUAAUUUGUUCAAACAGCACCUAACUGAAAAGAAUAGUGAUAUUUGCAAUUCAAGCAGUGAAGACGUAAUCUCCAUUUUGGUUGAAACUGGUGUUUAUUGUGGGGAAAACUUCACUUACCCCGCAAACAACCUCAAUCAUCAACACAAGGAUAUUCUAUUUGAAUCAAAAAUGAUCAUUCCCAAUCAUAUUGUUCCCAGUAUAGUAGAGGCAACUAAAUUAAUUUUAGAAAGAGAAUCCACAUAAAUUUUAAGCACAUCUCUACAACUGGGGAUGUUGUACAAAGUCUGGUUUGUGCCAUUUAUGGUUUUUGUGAAUCAGUAAAUAGUUCUUUUUGUUGUAAGAUUUUAACAUUAGGUAUGUGAUGAACUUUAAUAGUCGCCACUAUCUUGGCUAGGUGCAACUGACCUGGGUUUCGAUUCAUAGCAAACAUACAUAUGUAUCAUGUUUACCAAGGAUGUCCCAUACAUAGUUAUAUAAAAAUUAUAGUUAAAUACACACACCAUACCAUUUUAACAUAAAAUACUGUUAUGAUCCAUGCACCAUACAUCACAUGUACGUUUUAGGGAAAUUACAAUGAAAACCUUACUUAAAUAAACUGGAUGAAAAGCAUUCAUAAAAA